UGCAACCCGCACAAUGACAAAUUCAAUUUUUGAAGUGUUCUCAUUAUGUUUAUUUACAUCCGGUCUUUACACAUACAGUUCAGGGUUGCUGAAAGAAAAGUGAAAGAAAAGAAAUGGCCAUAAAGUUAAAGACCGAGCGUGAACCCCCAAAAGAAUAACAUGCUACAUCAUCGGUCCUGAUAAAUCCAACUCUCAGGUGACUGUUGUGCCCAGAAGUAGACAGAUCAGACAGUUUAGAUGGCAACCGUGGUAGUCCCAGUCCUCUUGGCAGUUGCCAAAGCAAUUGACUGGGCCUUCACAGAGUAUUUGCUGAUCAGCAACAUCGUAAGGACAUAGGAGCGGUACAGCCGUGCGGUCCACGUUCCCGCCACUCCUCCCCCAUCCAGCACCGCCCCUGCUCGCGGACGAAGCGCGGGAGGAAGACGCAGAGAUCUGUGGCCAGAGGUCGCUCCAAGUCUGCCCUCAGGAGGAAAGGGUCAAGGACACGGAUGUCAUUAAGGAAGCGACCAGUCCGAAGGUCAAGGUCGGUCUGCCCUACUAGACGAAGCUCUGGUCAGUCUCUCAGCUCUGACAGCUCCACGGGCACAUACCUGAGGUGACCACACGUGCGUCAGGAUUCUUCACAAUAAUAUACAGGAGAUGUUGGGCGAAAGGGACCAUUCGUGAUUCAUGGGACUUGACGCACACGUCCACGUACACGCGCACACCUAGAUCUACAUGCGUGUCCACACAACAACAAAAGCAGAUACACACAUGUACACACAAACACAA